AUGGUGGUUAAAUCAACACUUCAGUAUCAACAAGAGUUGAAGAACAAUCAACAAAAUACUGCAAAAGACUCAGACUCUUUUAAUUCAGUUAAUGUAACUGAGUGUAUUGAAUUGAAGGAUGCUAAUUUGAACAUCAAUAAUCAACAAAGUGGAACAAUGAAUUCAAGUUCAAGAAAUUCACAUUUACCACCAUUAAAUAGAAUUACCGUUAUCUCUCAAGAUGACUUUCAUCAGUUAUGUGCUCUUCUGGAGUUUCGCGGUUAUUUUCUUAUUACAUAUACAAACAAUCGUUCGAAAGAGACAGCCUGUUAUCGAAUUCCUAUCGAUUUGACAGAGAAAUAUUCUUCGAAAGAUGAGAUUUCUUACAUUUUGGAUAAAUCUUUUUUGAUGAAUCAUAACAACACAAACAGCAAUAUAUCGGAUGAUAACAGUAAUAACAAAUCAAAAAUACCAUAUGGUGAGCCAGAUAAUUUGAUAAUAGUAACAACGAAUUCAUCAUGCUGUGACAAUUUUCUUCGAUGUUUCUCUCUUCCACUCAAUUCUAGUGGAAAUGAGAACAGUUUGAUAGGAGAUUGGACAAUUGAUUUUUACUGGAACCGUACACCAGAAAUGUACGAGUUUGGUGAAGAGGGUUGGAGUAGUGUUGGUUCACCUGUUGGCGCAUUAUCAGGUGUUUAUGAUCUGGUUGAUGUGAAACUAAAGUAUCGUUUUGAUAGAAAUUCUGGAUUUGACUUUCUAAUAAGUGGAAAUGAUACUAAGGAAUUUAUUGUACAUAGCUUAGCUGAAAAGCGUUUACAAGCUAGAGUUGGUGAUUAUUAUGAAUGUGUUUCAGAGACUCAAUUUGUUUUUGAUACAGAAAAUAGUACAGUAGUUAAUUCGAAUGAUAAUUACAAUAAAUCACAUAACGACAAAUGGAAUAUUAUAAUGAGUUUACAAAGUGUACGCUCUCAAGCAUUUGCUGACGUCAAUGUACCAGAAUUUACUGGAGCAAGUAAGUACGCUUUCUUAGUCACAUCCUGUAUAUGUAAAUAUAACUGA